GAUAGGUCCCUGGUCUGGUCUGGUCCGUACUGUACUGUUUCUUCUACCGUGGCGGACAGCGGACACAGAUAUCGCCGUCUGCUAUGGAUUAGACUUAAAUUAAAAAAAAAAAAAAAAAAAAAAAGAACGGGUUACCUUUGAAAUUUAGCUUUUGCCGCGAGGUAUCAACUAAGAAAAAUAAAUUAAAAAAAAAAAAAAAAGGACUUUGCUUAUCUGGAACUUGAAAAUCGAAGUGGAGAGAAAUGGCAAGUCCUCCGGCGACGGGAGGACACCUGUUAUCUAACGGGACGAAUGGUGUAAAGAAGUACGGGUACCUGCGGAAGCAGAAACACGGCCACAGGCGCUUCUUCGUGCUCCGAGAGCCGACCGAGCGCUGCCCGGCCCGGCUGGAGUAUUAUGAAAGCGAGAAGAAAUGGAGAAACAAGUCCGCCGCGAAACGGGUGAUAACUUUGGACUCCUGUCUGUGCGUAAACAAACGGGCCGACGCCAAACACAAGCACCUCGUCGCCCUCUACACCAAGGACGAGUACUUCGCUGUGGCUGCAGACAACGAGCAGGAGCAGGAGAGCUGGUACAGGGUUCUGACUGAUUUAAUAGCCGAGGGGAAAGUGUACGACAGCCCCGCGUCCACCUCCUCUUUAGUGGGCUUUGAGGAAGUCAGCUACGGACUCAUUACUCCCGCAACAGCUGCCUAUAAAGAGGUAUGGCAGGUCAACUUGAAAUCCAAAGGUUUGGGUCAGAUCAAGAACCUCACUGGAGUGUACAGGCUGUGUUUGUCCAGCCGGACCAUCAGCUUUGUCAAACUGAACUCUGAAACAGCUGCUGUCAGUUUACAGCUCAUGAACAUCCGGAGAUGUGGCCACUCGGACAGCUUCUUCUUCAUAGAGGUGGGCCGGUCAGCAGUCACCGGGCCUGGGGAGUUCUGGAUGCAGGCGGAGGACUCAGUGGUGGCACAGAACAUCCAUGAGACCAUCCUGGAGGCCAUGAAGGCCAUGAAGGAGCUGUCUGAGUUCAGGCCGCGGAGCAAAAGCCAGUCUGCCAGCACCAACCCCAUCUCUGUGCCCACACGACGCAACCUCAACAACCUCCCCCCCAGUCAGACGGGCUUGGUGAGGAGAUCCAGGACAGAUAGUAUGGCAGCCACGUCCCCAGGGAGAAAGUUCACAUCCUGUCGGAUCAGAACGGCCAGCGAAGGAGAUGGAAGCGUGACCCGACCUGUUUCCAUGUCCAUAUCUGUCAAUGGGAGUCCCACCAGUCCAAACUCUGGCAAUCACCUCAGCAGGUCUCACACCCUCAGCAGUGGGCGCACCUGCAGAAUGCUAGAGUCAUCCUCCAACCUGCAUCACAGCCGGUCCAUGCCAGUGUCCAACUCCCCUCCCGCUGCCUCCAGCCCCAUCAGCAUGUCUCCAAGAGGGGGGGCUGGUAUCUCCACUCCUGACAAAGCCAGGCGGCCAUUCAGCUGCAGCGCCUCCAUCUCUGGCUCCCUCAGUGACACUGGCUUCAUGCUGUGUGAUGAUUACAGCUCCAGCCCAGGUGACCCCAAGUUCCUCCCCCUGACUCGCAGCGACACCCCUGACUCCCUGUCCAGCACACCUCCAUCCCGCGACAUCAGCGACCCUUGUGGCUACAUGAUAAUGGAGGGGGCGAAUUGCAGCAGGUCUGGCGCUGGUGGUGAGGGUCUGGCGUUUGACAAGGCGUACAGGAAGCGGACACACUCCCUCACCACACCACGUCAACAGAGGGUGGUGGCGCCGCUGUCCUCAGCCUCCCUUGAUGAGUACACACUCAUGAGGAUGGCCCACGGACAGAACUCUCACUCCGCCUCGCCCAAAGUGUGCUACCCUGAGGAUUAUGGAGACAUUGAAAUCGGUUCAUCCAGGAGCUCCAGUAGUAACCUUGGCGAUGAUGGCUACAUGCCGAUGACACCAGGUGUAGCACCACAUUCUGGAAAGGUAGACAACUACGUUCCCAUGAGCCCCAUGUGCGUCUCAGCACCGAAGCAGAUUGUGAACCCCAGGGUGCAUCCUCAGGCUGCUGCCAGCAGUGGCUACAAAACCAACUCCCCCUGCAGCAGCUCACUGGAGGACAACGGCUACAUGAGAAUGUGGUGCGGCUCCAAAUCCUCCAUGGAGAGCCCAGACAGGCAUGGUGAAUAUAUGAACAUGUCACCUGGAAACCCACCUCCACUCCAGACCCCCCCUGACUACUACUUAGGCCUGCUAGCUGGUGAACCUACAGCAGUGAGGUCAGCUUAUCAGGCCGGCUCCCUCACGCUACCUGCUAAACUCCAGGCCUCCAAGAAUGAGGAUAACAGCCAGUAUGUGUUGAUGAGCCCUCAGAGUUUGAGGCAAAGGGUGGGGGAGUCUGACUACUAUUCAGUGAUGCAGCCCAGCGUGUCUCAGACGUCACCACUGAGCCCUUCAGUACCCUCUCCUGUCAGACACGGGCGGGCAGAGAGCCUGCCCUACAGAGGAAGGCUGGGCAGACCUAACAGGCUAUCCCUGGACACCCUGAGGACCCUGCCAAGCAUGAACGAACACCCCCUGCCUGGAGAGCCCCGGAGCCCUGGGGAGUACAUUAACAUUGACUUCAGCGGCACCAGGUUCUCCCCGCCCUCCAUGGUAUCCACAGAGAGCCAGUCUUCAUCUCUGGGAUCCAGUGGUGGGGGCCCGGGGAGGUCCUCCCUGACAGACUACAUAAACCUGGAACUGGGUUCACACUCACCCAAGGAGGCUGACACUCCUGCUGGGCGCCUGGACACACUCCCAGUGUUGUCCAUGUGCCCCUGCUCAGAGGAGGAUGGAGUGUACCAUCUGGGUAAUGAGAAAGGGUCUCAGGGCCUCGGCAAUGAGGUGAAAAAUGACUACACUGAGAUGACAUUUGGGAUGACCAGCUCGCCUCCACAGCUUGUUCCUCAGAGCACAGCGAGCAGCCAGAGCAGCAGGGAGAGGAGGCUCUCUCUGGAGGACCAGGGAGUCCCAGAAAGCAUAGGGGUCUUCCUGCUCGGGUCCACCUCUUCCUCCACAGUGGACCCCGACUGCUCCGCCAAGGUGAUCCGGGCCAAUCCGCAGGGACGACGGCGCCACAGCUCCGAGACCUUCUCCUCCACCGCCACUGUGACUCCGGUCUUCCCCUCCUUCCCCCGCGGCGACACCGUGAAGAGGCACAGCUCGGUGGAGAACAUCUCGUCCCGGAGCAGCGAGGGCUCCGACGAGGAGUACGGCAGCCCAGUAAACCGGCAGAGCUCAGCCGGCUACCCGAACGGACUGAACUACAUCGCCUUGAACCUCCUGGACAACAGGGACAUGGAGAAAUGCGAAGACCUGGUUGGCUUCAAACCCACCAGCAGCUGCAAAGGGGGUAUCAAUGGAUUACACAGCACACCAUAUGUCUGCUUGGGAUUCAAGGAGGCUGCAACCACUGCCAAAGACUGAGCGACUCCUCCGUCCUCUGACUUGGCGUCUUCACCAACCUGCUGCUCGGGGGGGGUCAACCUUGCCCUUACAUUGGUAUCUGUGUCCCCAAAAGACUGUGUCUGGAUUCUCAGCAACAUAUACACACAGAAAUACAUACACACACAUAGGAAACAAGCAUGUCAGCAUCUAUGCAUGUCAUGAAUUUGCUAAAGGCAGGACAGGUGUGUGUGUGUGUGUGGGUGUGU